AUGCUCAAAAAUUGCCAAUUCCUCGUGCUUGUGGCUCUGGUUCUCCAGGGCCCUGCUCUUACCAGUGCUGAAUAUACCGAGAAGGUCUGGAGCGUGUUCGCAUAUACUCUCUAUGGAGAUAGUACCCCGGAGGCACUGUUUGAACAACAUGCAGCAGGCUUGUCGGAUUACGGAGCCAAUCAGCUUGCUGCCGCUGGAACAGCAUUCCGGGACCGCUAUGUGUCGUCGGCUGGGAGCACCAAUGCGACCGAGUUCGCAAUUCAGUCUAUAUCUGCAUCUUAUCUGAUGUCGCAGAACUUGGAGGUGCUCUCGACGACUGAGCAAAAUGUCAUCGCCUCAGCGCAGGCAUUCAUGCUUGGGCUUUACCCGCCUCUUGGCGAUGAGGGUAUGAACACUACGGAUGAGACGGCGAACGGAACUACUUUUUCGGCACCAUUGGACGGAUAUCAGUUCCCCAGGAUUGUUACACUUGGCGAAUCUGACCCAGGAUCCUUGCUUGUAGCUGGCCAAUCAAGCUGCAGCAUGUAUCAGGCUGCAGUUUCCGAGUACCUCAACAGCGAAGAGGCAGCAAUAAUUACUCAGGAUACGGAAGUGUUCUACGAAAAACUCCUGCAUCAAGUGCUUUCUGGGGUCUUUGAUGAGUCAACGGCGACUUAUGCCAACGCUGUUAGUAUUGCAGACUAUCUAGAAUAUGAGGUCUUGCACAACAGUACUACAAUAGACCAUCUCUUUGGUGAUGAUCUGAUCCGGGCGCGGUCCUUGGCGGAUCAGUUCACCUAUGCUACCAAUGGACAGGACGCUUCGACCUUGAGCGGAUCCACCAUUGGUACCGUCAGUCCCAUUGCAGGUCAAACACUCGCAUCCAGCAUUUUGAAUUCAUUCAAUACAUAUAUGAUGGAUGGGACCGGUCCACAAAUGACGUUGCUCUUUGGUGGUGAUGAGCCUGCUGUGGCUUUGGCUUCACUGGUAGGCCUAGCCAGCGAACAGCAGUCCAACUUCUACUCUCGUCCUGUUCGAGGCGCUUCGUUGGUCUUUGAGCUUUACAGUUUUGGCACCGAUGCGGAUGAUGAUAGCUACCCAGACAGUAGUGAAAUGUACGUGCGGUUCUUCUUGCACAACGGCACAGACACUUCCACGGAAUUUGUUUCAUUCCCAGUUUUUGGACAUGGGCCCAGCCAAACCUACAUCCCCUGGACAGAUUUUCAAACUGAAAUUGAGACCUUUUCCGUUCAAUCAAUUGAGGAGUGGUGUCUGCGGUGCAAUGCGAGCUCCGUAUUCUGUGCAGGGGCACAGGACCGCGAUAGUUCCGCCAACCAGAAGAAAGGCAUGGCACCCGCAGUAGCCGGUGUCAUCGGAGCGGUCGUCACGCUGGUUGUGAUUGGAUUGCUAGCUGUGGUUGGAUUCUUCAUUUGCGGGUUGCGUAAGCGCGGAGGAGGUCAUGAAGGUGGUCACAAACCGAGCAUUGGAGGAUUUAAGGGAACCAGCAAGCUUGCUAGCGAUGCAGAUAUUUCUUUCCGUAAUCCCAUCUGGGGGACUGGCAAGACUGCCGACAUGGAACAGGAUGAUGGGGGUGCUGCCGGAGGUGUGAUCGUCCGUGGGCAGGAGCGAUUGGGAAGCUGGGAAAUGGGCCAGCAAAAUUCGGAAAUGGAGUAUAACCAGCCGACCACUCAAGGAAGAGGCUCUUUCGCCGAGUCGUCGGCUCCUGAAGCGGAGCCUGAUGAGUGGCGGCUUCAUAGUCAUUUACAACCUGUCAAGAUCCGCGAAAGUGUGUGA